CUUGAACUUGCAACUCACAAAGCGCUCAAGUAUGCUGUGCUCAUCUGUGCUGAGAAGGGCGGUGUAUGCUAGAACUUUGGGCCAGACAAAACGAUUUUUUUUCUCUUCAGGUAACUUAUUAUCGUCGAUACCGCCUAUUCCAGACAACGCUCCGACUCUUGAUGAAAACACUGAGUGGCUUAAAACCUUGAGUAGGCACAAAACGCUAGAAAGUGAUAGCUCACCGGAAGAGGAAGUUACUUACAGAGUCACAGAAAAGUCUGAUUUGGAAGACCCGGAGAAGAAUGAACAAUUUGUGAAGUUCAAAUCAAAGAAAACGAAGAGAACCCACACAGUGGUGACGCAAGCUAGCGAAGAGAACAAGUAUCACACUGUGUCGGUGCUUGCGUCUGAUUUUUUCAUCUCUUCUUCUCCAUUUUCGUCGAUGAACUCACGAAGAAGGCCGAAGGCUGAAUCUGUUCAACCUUUUUCAGAUUUGAGGGUAGUCAAAUUAAAAUCUGGGAAAGGAGGAGAUGGUGACGUCUCCUUCUAUAGAGAUACCGGUAUUGCUGUGGGGCCACCUGAUGGUGGUGACGGUGGUGAUGGAGGUGAUGUCUAUGUGAUGGCUGUGAAUGAAAUUAGCUCUUUGCAUAACCUCAAAUCCCGUUACAUUGCUGUAGACGGCUCUAAGGGCAAGUGUGCUCAGUUGGACGGUAAGAAAGGUGACAGUGUGUAUUUAACUGUUCCAGUUGGAACGCAUAUCAGGUGGUGUCCUGAUCCAAAGGAGAUACGCUCAUUGCAGAAGGAGAAUUAUGACGACAAAACCUUUCACAUAAAGUGUGUUUCAGAUGAGUUCGGUUCAUUUUUGCCUAAGUUUAUACAGUUUUUCAGAAACUCGUUUCAAUCUGGUAAGGGUUGGAAUUUCAAAGAGAAGGACGAAAGCUAUCAUGCCCAAAGAGAAUAUUUCAACGAACUUAAUGAAAGGGUUGCUAUCUUUGACGACCAAAUCAAACAAGGCGAACUGGCUACCGAUACGUUUCCUCUCGACGGAAUUGAUCUUGAUAAACCUACAGAGGAGCCAAUUCUUUUGAUGAAAGGUGGAAAGGGGGGAAUGGGGAACAUGCAUUUUCUUACACCAAACAUCCGAAAUCCACGUUUUGCCAAACAGGGGAGAAGUGGACUUGAGGAAUUCUUUAUCUUUGAAUUGAAACUACUUGCUGACCUAGGAUUGGUGGGCUUACCUAACGCUGGAAAAUCUACGUUAUUGAGAGCAAUAUCUAACGCAAAACCUCGUGUUGGACACUGGAAGUUUACCACUUUACAGCCCACCAUUGGAACGAUCCCACUAAGAAUCGACCAACCACCAUUCACAGUCGCUGACAUUCCUGGUAUUGUCAAAGGAGCAAAGGAUAACAAAGGCAUGGGCUUGAAUUUCUUGAGACACAUUGAACGCUCUGGAGGCAUUGUCUUUGUUGUUUCCCUUGGAUCAGAAAAUCCAAUAGAUGACAUGGAGAUAUUAAUUGGAGAGUUGGGAGAAGAUAGAUUGUCAGGUAAGAACGUCUUGAUUGUUGCAACCAAGGCAGAUGUGGAGGGCUCCCGUGAGAAAUUUAGUGAAUUGAACGCUUUUGCCAAUCAACGAACGUGGAAAUGCGUGCCUUGUUCAGGACUGAAAAAAGAAAACGUCGAAAGAGUUAUAGAGUUGAUGGCCGAAUGUUCAGGGAGAUUAGAUCACAGUUAACGAUUAUACCUAUCUAAAUUAUUUACUAUUAUACACUUAAUUGAUACAUGUACAUACCACCAAUAAUUAAUGUGGAACUUAAAGUUUGAAAGAAGACACCAACUUGCUAUGAAGUAACAGCAUCUUUGGAGAAUCAAUUUCUCCAUAAUAACCCAAAUAUUCGCAGAGCUCAGCUAACUUGCGCUGAAAAGUAUAAUGAUAAGAGUCAAUUCCUUUGAUUAAA